AAAAAAAAUGCAAACUAGCGGCCAUUUUGACGUCUCUUUUCAAUCGCCACGCUUGAAACGUAGGUAUUGUUUUUCGGUUGAAAUUAUUAUUCUAAAGAAUAAUGGGCGAUCCUUACGGCUCGGGCGAUUAUAGUGGCGGUGGGUAUUCUGCUCAACAGUAUUCUGUGCCACCACCUCAAAUGCCUGCCGGAGAUAGCAGUUAUGGAUCAGGACAAGGAGGAUACGGUCAAAGUAAUUACUCGAACCAAGCUGGAGGCCAGGAGUGGAAUCAAAAUUCAGGGAGCAAUUCUUAUGGAGGCAGCCAACCUGGGAGUAAUUAUGGGCAAAACUUUAACUCCGGCUAUGGGGGGAGUGGGGGUGGCUAUGGCCACGGUAAUGACAGUAAUUACAAUGUGAGCGGGGGUGACAGGGGAGGAAACAGCUACGGCAGUGGAGACCGUGGCAACUCCAAUUAUGGCGGCAACCGUGGAGGCAGUAACUAUUCAGGUGGAGACCGAGGGGGCUAUGAAGGAGGUGACAGAUCAAGCUACAACAGAGAUGGGGGGAAUAGAGAUGGUGGUUAUGGUGGCGGCGGCAGGGGGGGUGGUUUUAAUAAAGGUGGCGGUGGAGGAUACGGAGGCGGGGACCGGGGGGGAAGUGAUAUGGUCACCCAGGAAGACACAGUCUUUAUUCAAGGCAUGAAUCCUUCUACGACAGAAGAUGAGUUAUGUCAACACUUCGGGGCUAUUGGCAUAAUUAAAAUUGACAAAAAAACACAACGCCCGAAAGUAUGGAUGUACAAAGAUAAAUCCACCGGCCAACCCAAAGGCGAAGCGACCGUCACCUACGAAGAUUCAAACGCCGCUUCAUCGGCCAUUCAGUGGUUCGACGGCAAAGACUUCAACGGCGCCACCAUAAAGGUGUCGCUCGCUCAAAGACAAAACACCUGGGCCGGUGGUAAAGGUGGCGGCGGCGGCGGGUUCCGCGGGGGCAGAGGCGGCGGCGGCGGGCGCGGGGGCGGCGGCGGGCGCGGAGGAGGCGGCGGCGGCGGCCCGCCCUCCGGCAAUCGCGAAGGCGACUGGAGAUGCUCCAAUCCUAGCUGCGGAAACACCAAUUUCUCGUGGAGAAAGUCCUGCAAUCGCUGCAACGAGGCGAAACCCGGUGAAUCCGGAGGCGGGGCGCCGUCCGGUGGCGGCGGCGACCGUCGCGGCGGAGGCCCGCCCGGGCGCGGGGGUCGCGGGGGCGGCGGGCGCGGAGGGCCCGGCGGCGGCGGCGGC